UAAGAGGUUAUACUAGAUGAUAAAUCAUAAAACAAAUGGAGCUUUUGCUUUAAUAGACAGUUUAGUAAGACAUGGUGUGAAACAUAUUUUUGGCUACCCUGGAGGAGCUAUUUUACCCAUAUAUGACGAGUUAUAUUGUUGGGAACAAAAAAACUUAAUUUCUCAUUAUUUAGUAAGACACGAACAAGCUGCAGCCCAUGCAGCUGAUGGUUAUUCAAGAGCUACAGGUAAAGUGGGUGUUUGUUUUGCUACUUCAGGACCUGGUGCAACUAAUUUGGUAACAGGAAUAGCAACAGCACAAAUGGAUUCGAUACCAAUUGUAGUGAUAACAGGUCAAGUAGCUCGACCAUUUAUUGGAACAGAUGCUUUUCAAGAAACAGAUAUAUUUGGUAUAACAUUACCAAUAGUAAAACAUUCUUAUGUUGUACGUAAUCCGAGAGAUAUGUCAAGAAUAGUGGCAGAAGCUUUUUAUAUUGCUAAGCAUGGUAGACCAGGACCUGUUUUAAUUGAUAUUCCUAAAGAUGUGAGUUUAGAAACUUUUCAUUAUAUUCCUACUAAUCCUAAUGAAAUAGAUCUACCUGGAUGUAGACAAAUCCCUCAAACUAGUUAUAAACAAAUAAUACAAGCAGUAUCUUUAAUACAUGAAUCAAAUCAACCUCUUCUCUAUGUAGGAGGAGGUGCUAUAUCUUCAGACGCUUAUAAAGAGGUAAAGUUAUUAGCAGAAUAUUUUGAAAUUCCUAUUACUACAACUUUAAUGGGAAAAGGUAUUAUAGAAGAUACUCAUCCUUUAUCUUUAGGUAUGCUAGGGAUGCAUGGAACUGCAUAUGCCAAUUUUGCAGUAAGUGAAUGUGAUUUAUUAAUUGCUUUAGGUGCUAGAUUUGACGAUAGAGUCACUGGAAAAUUAGAUGAAUUUGCUUGUAAGGCCAAAGUAAUACAUAUUGAUAUUGAUCCUGCGGAAAUAGGUAAAAAUCGCAUACCUCAAGUAGCAAUAAUAGGAGAUAUAAAAUAUGUUCUAAAACAAAUUUUGGCAUAUGUUCAACAAGAAUGUCAAAUUGAUAAACAACAAACUCAAUCUUGGCUUGAAAGAAUUAGACAUUGGAAAGAAGAUUAUCCAUUAAGUUUUAAUGAAGAUAGUUCUCAACUAUUGCCUCAAGAAGUUAUUAAGAAAAUAAAUUAUAUUAAUAAUAAUAUUAGUUUUUUUAUUACUACCGAUGUAGGACAACAUCAGAUGUGGGCUGCACAACUUAUUAAUACAGGUCCUCGUAAAUGGAUCUCUAGUGCAGGACUUGGAACAAUGGGAUAUGGACUGCCUGCUGCUAUUGGUGUACAAAUUGCUUAUCCUGACUCAACAGUUGUAUGUAUUACAGGUGAUGCAAGUUUUCAAAUGAACUGCCAAGAAUUAUCAACCAUAGCUCAAUAUCAAUUACCAAUAAAAAUUAUUAUAAUAAAUAAUUUUUGGCAAGGCAUGGUUAGACAGUGGCAACAGGCAUUUUAUGGAGAAAGGUAUUCUCAUUCUAAUAUGAAUCAAGGAAUGCCAGAUUUUGUACAAUUAGCUAAAGCGUUUGGAAUUAAAGCAAUAUGUAUUAAAAAUAAAUAUGAGUUACAUUCUUCAUUUGAAAAGUUUUUUUCUAUAAAAGAACCUAUUAUUAUAGAUUGUCACGUUAGUAAAGAAGAAAAUUGUUAUCCUAUGGUAGCUCCAGGUAAAAGUAAUUCACAAAUGAUAGGUUUAAUCAAACAAUUGAAGAAAAAUACUUUAUUUAUAAAAGAUGAAAAGUUUAUUGAAUCUUAGACUUAGAUAAUAUUUAUGAAUUUUUAAUUUUGAUUGUAUAAAUUCGUUAAUUUGUUU